AUGCCCGGUGUUUACCUCCUCUCCCCGGCUCUGACAGCAGUGAUUCUGCUCACUGGCUCUUCGGGUGUCCCGCUGGAGCAUCACCGUGCACCGGACAAACCCAGCACAGUCUGGAGGCUGGAGCGUGUUCAUGUUUGCUCUUCAUCUGAGGAGAGCUCCAGGCAGGAAGCACCCCACAGUACUGGAGAUCUCUUAGCACCUGUGUCACCUCAAGACCUCAGGAGGGACCCACCUGAUGCCACCCCAGGGAGCCACCCCCACCCUGCGAGGGAACAGAUCAAUUGGCCCAAGAUGAGCGAUAACAAAGAGUGGUACCAACUAGACCAAGACCUUGACAAAGUGCUAGAAGCCACACUAGCAGGGACGGCUGAGCAGAAAGUCAAUACUCUCACAACAAUAACCUAUAACCUGGCAAGGGAGCGUUUUGGAAUUCAGGAGAAGAAAAUCAACAUCAAGUCUGCACAUCAGCCAAACAGAAGAGAGAGAGAAAUUCAUCGACUAAGGGGAGAAAUCAAGACUCUCACCAAGCAGUUCAAAAGAGCCCUUGCUGAUGAAAGGGAAGGCAUCAAGGACCUGACGAGUCAACUCCGGGAGCGCCUCUGCAGACUCCGGAAAGCAGAAAGCACUCGGAAGAAGAGGAAAGAUAGGGAGAACAAAAGAUCUCAGUUCACCAAAGACCCUUUCAGAUUCACCAGAACACUGUUGGGUGAAGCAAAAUCUGGAAAGCUGACCAGCCCCAAAGGAGAUGUGGAGGCGUUCUUGAGGGAGACCCACAAUGACACCUCCAGAAACCAGGCCCUGCACGCCAACCCAAGCAUCAGCAGUAUAAAGAUCCCAGAAAAAGAGCUCAACGUCAGUGAACCAUCCUGGAGGGAAGUCCAAGAGGUGGUGAAGAAGGCCAGAACAGGGUCUGCCCCCGGCCCAAGCUGUAUACCCUACAAGGUAUAUAAGAAAUGUCCAAUGCUUCUCCGGAGGCUGUGGAAGCUGUUCCGGAGGAUCUGGAGAAAAGGUACCAUUCCAUCAGGCUGGAAGAAGGCAGAGGGCUGUUUUGUGCCAAAGGAAGAGAACUCCUCAACCAUUGACCAAUUCAGAACAAUCUCACUGCUAAGUGUAGAAGGCAAGAUAUUCUUCUCUGUAUUGGCCAAGAGGAUGACCUCGUACAUGACAGAGAAUGGAUACAUCAACACUGCCAUCCAGAAAGGUGGAAUUCCAGGCUUCUCUGGAUGCCUGGAACACACCGGAGUUCUCAGUCAGAUGAUCCGUGAGGCUAAAGCCAGCAAGGGCAACCUGACUGUUGUCUGGUUGGAUUUGGCCAAUGCCUAUGGAUCAAUCCCGCACGCCCUCAUCCAUACAGCAUUAGACCAUUACCACAUCCCGCAGCACAUCAAAAGAAUGAUCACCAGCUACUUUGGUGGAAUCCAGCUACGAUUCAAGGCGGCCAAUUUUACAACUCAGUGGCAAAGCCUGGAAAAAGCUGCGGAGAAGGAAGCACGGGGUCCUAAAAUGGAGUCAGGAAUCCGACAACCCCCAAUAAGAGGUUACAUGGACGACCUUACCGUGACAACCACAACCCAUGUGGAGGCGAGGUGGGUGCUACCUGUUCUGGGCCACAUGGCAACGUGGGCCAGAAUGAAGUUUAAGCCAAAGAAAUCCAGGAGUUUGGUGAUCAGGAACGGGAAGUUGACCAACAGGUUCAAGAUGCAUGUGCAAGGGGAAGUGAUUCCAUCAAUAGAGGAGAAUCCAAUCAAGUGCCUCGGAAAGUGGUUCGAUGACUCACUUACUGACAGGAAUAACAUAGCCAGUACGGAAAAGCAGAUGGAGGAAUUGCUGAGGAGGAUCGAAAAAUCAGGGCUCCCUGGGAAGUUUAAAGCUUGGCUCUAUCAACACGGACUGUUGCCAAGAAUCAUGUGGUUGCUGACUGUGUAUGAGGACCUGGAAGAGGAAGGACGAAGAUCAAGGGCAGUGGACCUAGCUUCUCAAGGGGCCUGGACCAGAUGGGAUCUUCCCAAGAGGAAGAUUACCUGGGCGGACCUAUGGUGA